CCGCCUACUCAGGAGGAACUACGCCUCCCAAGCGUCCCCGCGCGCUCUCUGUUGUCGUCGCGACGGCACCGUCUCAGCGGCUCUAGCCUCCGCGGCGCUCUUUCGCGUCCGCCACCGCGGCGUCGCCCUCGUUGCCUUACCCACGAGCCCGGCCUCUUCUCCCCCCUUCCUCUUCCUCCCGCCCUUACCCCUAACUCCUCCUCGGCCGCCUCUCUCACGCGAGCCCCCGGCUUCGCUCGAGGCCUACCCUCCCUCCGACAUGGCGCGGCCGUCCGUGCCCAGCUCGCAGAAGGCGCUGCUGCUGGAGCUGAAAGGGCUGCAGGAGGAGCCCGUGGAGGGGUUCCGAGUCAGCCUGGUGGACGAGGGGGACCUCUACAACUGGGAGGUGGCCAUCUUCGGGCCCCCCAACACCCACUACGAGGGGGGCUACUUCAAGGCUCGUCUCAGGUUUCCCAUUGACUACCCUUAUUCGCCACCCGCCUUCAGAUUCCUGACCAAAAUGUGGCAUCCAAACAUAUACGAGACUGGAGACGUUUGCAUUUCCAUUCUCCAUCCUCCAGUGGACGACCCGCAAAGUGGAGAGCUGCCUUCAGAAAGGUGGAACCCUACCCAGAACGUGAGGACAAUACUCCUUAGCGUGAUCUCGCUCCUCAACGAACCAAACACAUUCUCCCCUGCCAACGUUGACGCCUCCGUGAUGUACAGGAAGUGGAAGGAGAGCAAAGGGAAGGAUCAAGAGUACACGGACAUCAUCAGGAAGCAAGUCCUUGGAACCAAGGUGGAUGCCGAACGCGACGGAGUCAAGGUCCCGACGACGUUGGCUGAGUACUGCGUCAAGACCAAGACCCCUGCGCCGGACGAAGGCUCGGACCUCUUCUACGAUGACUACUAUGAGGACGACGAGAUGGAAGAGGAAGUCGACAGCUGCUACGGCGACGAGGAUGAUUCCGGCAACGAGGAAUCUUGACGAGGGGUCCCCUCCCUGCCCCCCUCGUCACCCUCCUCCUUUUUCCCCUCCCCCCCAUUGCCCCCUUUCCUCCACCGCUGCCUCCUGCUGCUGCUGUUCCCGAUAGUAGCAAUAAACUAUCUGACUCUUUACUUGAACCCAGGACACACCCAGCUGAGACUCAGAAAACCCUCUUUGGCCAUGAGACAAAACAAAACAGAAAAGAACUCUACCUCAAAGGGAGACUCAGCUUCUGCUUGAAGUGGGGUGGGUGGUAGGGGGGUGGGUUCUGCGCGUGUGGGGAGAGGGGUGGCAAAUCUACAAUUUGGCUUAAAAUGCUGUGUGUUUUGUGUGUUUUUUAUAAGAAAAGGGAGGGAGGGGUGUAGUGUUUCCUAUCGAGCCAUCUCUUAAUCCAGAGUUGGCUUCUGCCUCCCGGUCAAGACUGGGGAAGAAAAAGGACAUUGCCACCAGUCCCUUGAGGAGCAGCCGAGUGGCAGAGCAGGUGUGGGUGGGAUUUUUUGGAUGGGGGGGGAGAUGGGGUGGGCUGUUUUGUUUUUGUAAAGACCGCAUUACUUUUGGGAUUUUUUAGCAAGGGCUCUAGUUGCACGAGUUUGGGGGGUGGGGGAAGGAGAGAAGGAUAGUGAUAAACUUUGCACCCUUGUUGAUCACAAGUCUUAGUUCAGAGCUAGCCUCUCCUGGCUUGGCGCUGCAGUGGCACUCGCAGCCACUGGGUGGCAUGUGCCCUAGAUCUCUUCCACCGCCCUCCCUUUGUUAGAGUUUGAUCCCUGCAACCCCAGGGCUCUUGUGUUUUGAAACCUUUGGUUUGGAAAGAGAUGGAGAGCCCCUGGGCAGGGGAGGGGAGGGAAUGAUGAUUUUGUGGGAUCAGGUAGAGGGUUUUUUGCCGGAAAGGGGUUGGGCUUUUUUUUAGCAGCAGGGUGUGGGUGAUUUGUUUUUUAUUUGUUUGGUUUUUGUGGUUUUUUUCCUCCUGGUUUUUGAAACUAUUUAAUAAAAAGGACUUUGAAAGGAAGCGUUGUCCAACACCACUGCCACAGUGCAGCCUGUUUGUUGUUAAAGUUUGGUGUAAAAGAGGGGGGGAGAGAUAUUGGAGCUGGACUCAUUAACCACUGGCCUGUAUUUGUGUUUAACUAAUUUGAUACAUUCAUCUCCCCCUCCUUUCCUCUGAGGAGCUCCUGGUUCUACUCCAUGUUGUCCUCAUAACAGCCCUGCGAGGUGGUCCACAAAAAAGGGCUAGCGAAUUUUAGAAGCCCUUUGAAGGCUAAGCUGUUUCUUAAGAGUCAUUUCUACUACCUUAUAUUAGGAGUUUAAAAACUGUGCUUUUGAUACAAUUUUCUUUUGCAGUAAGUGACAAAUAAAAUUAUUAAGUUUUGAGAGAAA